AUGUCACGCAUUCCAACUUCGGUACUCAGCAAGUACCUGCUGAAAGGCCAAAUACCCCGGCAAGGCUGCCUUGGUGUACGCCACAUACAUAGACACCCUUCAUUACCUUCAGCUGCUGCAUCUAUCGCCCAUACAACCAGGCAUCUGCAUACGUCCCCUGAAGUCGUCACACCACCUCCCGCGCAGCCAGUACCUUUACGCAAGCAAUUGAAGGAUGAAGCAAAGAAAGCAAAGAAGCAGGGCAAGAAGAAGACAAAGGGCGACUCACAAACAGUUGAAGGCUGGGAGUUGACUGUUGGUAUCGAAAUUCACGCUCAGCUGAAUACUGCCCAUAAACUAUUUUCACCGGCUGUUACCUCUUUCAACGACGAGCCAAAUAGCCAUGUCGCUCUUUUUGACGUUGCCAUGCCUGGCAGCCAACCUCUCUUUCAGAAAGAGACUCUGAUCCCCGCUCUUCGUGCAGCGCUCGCCCUCAACUGCGAAGUCCAGGAGGUUAGUCGAUUCGACCGAAAGCAUUACUUCUGGUGGGAUCAGCCCUCGGGAUAUCAGAUCACCCAGUAUUAUGAGCCAUUUGCCAAGAAUGGUCACAUCACUCUUCUUGCCCGCGACGGGAUCUCUCCUCAAGAUGGCGAAAGUGUCACGAUCGGAAUCAAGCAAGUUCAGCUCGAGCAGGAUACGGCAAAGACGUUGUCUCAGACAGACAAGGUUCAAUGGCUUGACUUCAACCGCGUGGGAGUGCCUCUGAUUGAGAUCAUUACGGAACCUGAGCUUCAUCACCCCCGAACUGCAGCUGUCUUUGUGCGCAAAGUUCAGAUGCUGCUGAACACUGUUGAUGCCUGUGUGUCAGGUAUGGAGACUGGUGGCCUGAGAGCCGAUGUCAACGUUUCUGUUCGCAGGACUGAUGGAUCCAACCCUUACCUUGGCACAAGGACCGAGAUCAAAAACUUGAGCACUAUCAAGGCGGUUGAAGAUGCCAUUAUUGCCGAGCGCGACCGACAAAUUCGUGAGUUGGAAGCUGGACGAUCCAUACCCAGUGAAACUCGCGGUUGGUCUAUCGGAUCUACAGAAACGCGACGCCUCCGUGGAAAAGAAGGCGAGGUUGAUUAUCGGUAUAUGCCCGACCCUGAUAUUGCGCCACUGGUUAUUGGGGACGAUCUAGUUGGCCACUUACGACAGUCAUUGGCAGUGACACCUGAUUCGGAACUGGAUACCCUGAUUGCUCGAUUUGGGCUUACAGCCAAGGAUGCACUAUCUCUGAUCAACCUUGAAAACGGCUCGCGUGUGCAGUACUACUACAAGGUGCUCUACUCAAUCCAGGAGAAGCUUGCGGAAGACCUCAGUGAAGCUGAGAUGCCGGAAUUUAAGAGCUAUUCUGCAGUGGUCGGCAAUUGGAUUAUUCACGAGCUGGGUCGCCUUACCACAUACAAGGCAGGCCCGCUCGCAGCUCGAGACUUAACAUUCACACCAGAAGGUGAUUGUGAACAGGUCCCCGACUCUGAGCUCUCACAGCUUCUGUAUCAUCUGAUCCGCAAACAGAUCACGGGCAAGGUGGCGAAGGAGCUUUUGUUCGCUAUUUAUCUCAAGGAGAUUGAGGGCGGAGUUACUCAGGCUAUCGAGGAGAACGAUCUGUGGUUCAAGGAGAUCACAAUGGAAGAUUACGAGCAGCUAGCUAAUGAGGCGAUGGAGGGUGAGGAUAAGAUCUUGCAAGAGUUUACCAACUCUGAGCAAUUUCCUCAAGGCAAACUUAUGUUCCUCGUGGGCAAGAUGAUGCGCCUUGGACCUACCGAGCGCAUUGUCCCUGCAAACGCUGAGCGUGUCAUGAGGGCAAAGGUCGAAACUUUGCGAAGGACGUGA